UGUGGCGCUGAGCACAGGGUGGCGUGUGCACUCUGCCCAUUGUAAACAAACGUUUAUAGAGAGGUUUUUUAUAUUUUUACAAUAAACCAAACCAAAAACCAGUUAAAAAAAUUAUAUAAUACGGCAAAGUUCCUCUAAGGAUCGCUGUGACAGCGAUAUAAUACCAGAAAAGUCAAGCGCCUUAACAAAAAAAAAGCAGAGACCAUGGAGCAAAUCUGUCGUGUUUGCCUGGGAAGAUCGGAUAAUUUGGUGAACAUCUUCGAUGCCAUGCGAAAGACCCGAGUUUCCAUUGCCGAGAUGAUCGCCCAGUGUACUGGUUUUGAAGUCAAACGUGGCGACUCGUUUCCGGAAAUGAUAUGUCCACCGUGCUUGGAGGAUGCCAAGAAUGCAUUUUCCAUCAGGCAGACCUGCGAGAGGAGUCACCAGUUCUACUGCCAAGUUCGGGAUGAUGGAAUUGAGGAGGCAUUGUGCACCUUGCUCGACGAAGAGGACUGGGAUUCUUCGGAAUAUGAAGAGAAGUGGAAACAUUCUCCAUCCGAUGAUGAUCUCCAUGAUGAUGACGAAAUCGACAGGAAGGCGGUCUCAUUUGAAUGUCGAGAGUGCCCAAAGAUAUUCAAACGAAAGGGUUCCUGGCUGAGGCACAUGAGAACCCACGUGGAUGGACAAUCCUUUCCUUGUAUCUACUGCUCGCAGAACUUUAGAUUUCGGGUCACUCUCAAUGCGCACAUUAGAACCCACAACUUGGCUAAGCCCUAUGAGUGUUCCCACUGCUCAAAGUCCUUUGCCCAGCUGUCCACACUGCAGUCGCACGAAAGGACUCACACUGGCGAACGACCAUACAAGUGUCCACAGUGCUCCAAGAACUUUAUUAAAUCAUCAGAUCUUCGCCGGCACAUCCGCACCCACGGAGGGGAAAGGCCUUACAAGUGUACCAAUUGCUCGAAAACCUUCACUAGGAAAUUUCAUCUCUCAAACCAUCUCCUUAGUCACACGGGUGAACGACCCCACCAGUGCUCGCAAUGCACAAAGUCCUUUGCCUUAAAGCAGCAUCUCAACGAACACCUCCGCAUCCACUCUGGAGUUCGUCCUUUUCAGUGCUCCCUGUGCUCCAAGUCGUUCCGUCUCAGCAGCACCCUUAAGGAGCACAAGCACACACACAAAGCGGAAAGAACCUUAAAGUGUCCCCACUGUUCUAGUUCCUUUAGGCAGAGGAAAACACUUGGAAGACAUCUCGAAAUUCACGAACGAGCAUGACUUUAAAAUGGACCAAAUUACUUUGUGUGGAAGAUAAGAACCACAUUUGCGUAUUUUUAAGU